CACAAUUCUUCGACGAGAAAGACCAGCGCACGCAUACAUCGUCAUCCGUUGUCGUCUGCCUGAAUGCUGUGCAUGUAUUCACGUCCAUUCUACACAGUUCUCGAACAAACUGAAUGAACACUCGAGUGAGGGGCUAUAAAAGCCCUCCACCAGUACGGGGCCUGCUCAAUUGAACCCGUUUCCUGGUGGAGUACAGACAAGCAAGUGAGCAAGUUGGCAGUGAAAAAGUGAAAAAUUUCAAAAGUGAAGAAAAGAUAUUUGUGAAAGUUGAACAAUUUCUAACAUUGUGACUAGUGGACAUAGAAAAGUGCAUCUAGAACUGAAAGUCGUUUGAAUAAGAUUUCAACGAUGCAGAUCUUCGUGAAGACUCUGACUGGCAAGACCAUCACCCUGGAGGUCGAGCCAUCCGACACCAUUGAGAACGUUAAGGCCAAGAUCCAAGAUAAGGAGGGAAUUCCUCCAGAUCAACAGCGUCUGAUCUUUGCUGGUAAGCAGCUUGAAGAUGGUCGUACCUUGUCGGACUACAACAUCCAGAAGGAGUCUACCCUUCAUCUGGUCCUGCGUCUGCGCGGUGGUAUGCAGAUAUUCGUCAAGACUCUGACUGGCAAGACCAUCACCCUGGAGGUCGAGCCAUCCGACACCAUUGAGAACGUUAAGGCCAAGAUCCAAGAUAAGGAGGGAAUUCCUCCAGAUCAACAGCGUCUGAUCUUUGCUGGUAAGCAGCUUGAAGAUGGUCGUACCUUGUCGGACUACAACAUCCAGAAGGAGUCUACCCUUCAUCUGGUCCUGCGUCUGCGCGGAGGUAUGCAGAUCUUCGUCAAGACUUUGACUGGUAAGACCAUCACCCUGGAGGUCGAGCCCUCGGAUACCAUCGAGAAUGUUAAGGCCAAGAUCCAGGAUAAGGAGGGAAUCCCCCCAGAUCAACAGCGUCUGAUCUUCGCUGGUAAGCAGCUGGAGGAUGGUCGUACCUUGUCGGACUACAACAUCCAAAAGGAGUCGACCCUUCAUUUGGUCCUGCGUCUGCGCGGAGGUAUGCAAAUCUUCGUGAAGACUCUGACUGGCAAGACCAUCACUCUGGAGGUCGAGCCAUCCGACACCAUUGAGAACGUUAAGGCCAAGAUCCAAGAUAAGGAGGGAAUUCCCCCAGAUCAACAGCGUCUGAUCUUUGCUGGUAAGCAGCUUGAAGAUGGUCGUACCUUGUCGGACUACAACAUCCAGAAGGAGUCUACCCUUCAUCUGGUCCUGCGUCUGCGCGGAGGUAUGCAGAUCUUCGUCAAGACUUUGACUGGCAAGACCAUCACCCUGGAGGUCGAACCCUCGGAUACCAUUGAAAACGUUAAGGCCAAGAUCCAGGAUAAGGAGGGAAUUCCCCCAGAUCAACAGCGUCUGAUCUUCGCUGGUAAGCAGCUGGAGGAUGGUCGUACCUUGUCGGACUACAACAUCCAAAAGGAGUCGACCCUUCAUUUGGUCCUGCGUCUGCGCGGAGGUAUGCAGAUCUUCGUGAAGACUUUGACUGGCAAGACCAUCACUCUGGAGGUCGAGCCAUCCGACACCAUUGAGAACGUUAAGGCCAAGAUCCAAGAUAAGGAGGGAAUUCCCCCAGAUCAACAGCGUCUGAUCUUUGCUGGUAAGCAGCUUGAAGAUGGUCGUACCUUGUCGGACUACAACAUCCAGAAGGAGUCUACCCUUCAUCUGGUCCUACGUCUGCGCGGAGGUAUGCAGAUCUUCGUCAAGACUUUGACUGGUAAGACCAUCACCCUGGAGGUCGAGCCCUCGGAUACCAUCGAGAAUGUUAAGGCCAAGAUCCAGGAUAAGGAGGGAAUCCCCCCAGAUCAACAGCGUCUGAUCUUCGCUGGUAAGCAGCUGGAGGAUGGUCGUACCUUGUCGGACUACAACAUCCAAAAGGAGUCGACCCUUCAUUUGGUCCUGCGUCUGCGCGGAGGUAUGCAAAUCUUCGUGAAGACUCUGACUGGCAAGACCAUCACUCUGGAGGUCGAGCCAUCCGACACCAUUGAGAACGUUAAGGCCAAGAUCCAAGAUAAGGAGGGAAUUCCCCCAGAUCAACAGCGUCUGAUCUUUGCUGGUAAGCAGCUUGAAGAUGGUCGUACCUUGUCGGACUACAACAUCCAGAAGGAGUCUACCCUUCAUCUGGUCCUACGUCUGCGCGGAGGUAUGCAGAUCUUCGUCAAGACUUUGACUGGCAAGACUAUCACCCUGGAGGUCGAACCUUCGGAUACCAUUGAAAACGUUAAGGCCAAGAUCCAGGAUAAGGAGGGCAUUCCCCCAGAUCAACAGCGUCUGAUCUUCGCUGGUAAGCAGCUGGAGGAUGGUCGUACCUUGUCGGACUACAACAUCCAAAAGGAGUCGACCCUUCAUUUGGUCCUGCGUCUGCGCGGAGGUAUGCAGAUCUUCGUGAAGACUUUGACUGGCAAGACCAUCACUCUGGAGGUCGAGCCAUCCGACACCAUUGAGAACGUUAAGGCCAAGAUCCAAGAUAAGGAGGGAAUUCCCCCAGAUCAACAGCGUCUGAUCUUCGCUGGUAAGCAGCUGGAGGAUGGUCGUACCUUGUCGGACUACAACAUCCAGAAGGAGUCUACCCUUCAUCUGGUCCUGCGUCUGCGCGGAGGUAUGCAGAUCUUCGUCAAGACUCUAACGGGAAAGACCAUCACUCUGGAGGUCGAGCCCUCGGAUACCAUCGAGAACGUUAAGGCCAAGAUCCAAGAUAAGGAGGGAAUUCCCCCAGAUCAACAGCGUCUGAUCUUCGCUGGUAAGCAGCUGGAGGAUGGUCGUACCUUGUCGGACUACAACAUCCAGAAGGAGUCGACCCUUCAUCUGGUACUGCGUCUGCGCGGAGGUAUGCAGAUCUUCGUGAAGACUUUGACUGGCAAGACCAUCACUCUGGAGGUCGAACCUUCGGAUACCAUUGAAAAUGUCAAGGCCAAGAUCCAGGAUAAGGAGGGCAUUCCCCCAGAUCAACAGCGUCUGAUCUUCGCUGGUAAGCAGCUGGAGGAUGGUCGUACCCUGUCGGAUUACAACAUCCAGAAGGAGAGCACACUGCAUUUGGUAUUGCGAUUGAGGGGAGGUCAGUAAGGGGAUUUUCAAAGUAUUAUGAAUAAAUCAUUCUCAAAGUAAA